GUGUACUACUUUUACAGUGCACUGCCUCCGCUGCGUUGUGUUUUUAAAGUCAGCUUCAAGGCUUCAAGGCUCGCUGGCUAACCAAUAGCUGCCUAGCCGUAGCAUUGGGGAGGCGUUGGCUGCCAUAGCAACCGCUGAGGAAACAUUGGCCGUUAGCUGAGAGACUUCAGGCCAACGCUGGUUUGUUAUGCUAGCGGUGAACGAGACGCCGUAGAAACGCGAAUGUACAAUUCAGCGUCAGUCGGCCACUUAAUGUCACCACGAGUCAGCGUUGCAUGCUUGGCGUCAUCGCCCGUGUUGCUUAAUGUUGCUCCAUGUUUUUUUUAGUCAGCUGUCGAGGAGAGCAAAGUGUUGGAGUUAGUGCUUAGUGCGGCUAACCUGGCUAACGGUAAUUCCCAUCACAUGCAGGCGGCUAACGUUAGCCGCUGAGGCCGACCCGUACACUUAACACAGCGCCAUCGUUAUGUAAACGGCGAAGUGAACGCUUGUUUUCCUCUCUUGCGGUCUGAAUUUCAGACUGAUGUGUUUCAGAUGAGCCUAACGCGAUGUUAGCUGAACAUUAAUGGCUUGACUGUUACUUUGUUAAUGUUGUCAUGGGUCAAUUGUGAGUCCAGCAGCUGAUCUGAGGCUGCCGCGGUUAGACUUGGAGCUAACUCAGCUGCUAGUUAACGAAACAUGUUUUCAUAUCAGCUAAUCUUCAUCAUAUUUACUGCUGCUGGGAGCUGAUGUUACAGUUACAUAUUGGUCCAGUUGAGAGUCAAACUCACACCAACAAGUUAACUGUUUCUGUGGUUUUGUGUUCAUGUUUUGGUCAUUGAAAGCCGUUCAGUUGUGGAAAUACCAGUUUAACUUGUCAUUUUAUAAUAAGGUGUCAAAUUGGACUUAUAGAUGUAACUGUUGUAUGUUUUCCUGAUUCAUUAAUGGGGUUGCAGUGUUGGUGAUUACACAGUUGAUUGUUAUUGUGUUUAGAUGUUUUUGAAUUAACCGGCCCCUGUGUUACUGUGUGAGAGAGAUAAUCCAGAUUGAUCUUAACCUGUCUCAUAACUGUCCUUUUAGUAUUCAGCUUGAACUAGUAUGGAUGUUGAGGACUGCAAUGGCCGGUCUUACAUAUCAGCUAGUGGAGACUCUUCAAUGGAAAGAGAGUUUUCUGGGGCCCUUGGAGGUCCAACAGUGAGCACCCCAAACAGCAAGGAGACCUCUCCUAGUCGCUCCCUCAGUGCCAACUCCAUUAAAGUUGAGCUGUACAGUGAUGAAGACCCAGGUCGCAGUACUGAAGAUGAAAGAGGGGAGCGGGUAGAGGAAGGGGGUCCAGAACAGGGAUCUGAGGCUGUGGGAGUCUACAGGGAGCCCACCAACCCUGACAUCAUGCCAGCAGGAGCCACCAGAAUGCCAAAUGGAAAGCUCAAGUGUGACAUCUGUGGGAUGAUCUGCAUUGGACCUAAUGUUCUCAUGGUGCACAAACGCAGCCAUACAGGUGAGCGACCAUUCCAGUGUAAUCAGUGUGGCGCCUCCUUCACUCAAAAGGGUAACCUGCUCCGCCACAUAAAGCUGCACUCAGGGGAGAAGCCCUUUAAAUGUCCCUUCUGCAGCUAUGCCUGUCGAAGAAGAGAUGCGCUUACUGGCCACCUUCGCACUCACGCAGUGUCCUCUCCGACCGUUGGGAAGCCGUAUAAGUGCAGUUACUGUGGCCGUAGUUACAAGCAGCAGAGCACCCUGGAGGAGCACCGUGAGCGCUGCCACAGCUACUUGCAGAGUCUGGAGUCGCAGCAGCCAUCCAGUGCACAGAAUCCAGGAGAGGAGAUGAGAGAGUUAGAGUUUAUACCAGACUCUCUACUGCAGCCAUCCUCAGACAAGAUGGCAUUUAUCGAUCGGCUCGCCAACAGCAUCACCAAACGCAAGAGAUCCACACCACAAAAAUUUGUAGGACAGAAGCACAUACGCCUCAACCUUGCAGAUGCACCUUAUGAGCUCAGCACUGGUUUGGAUAAAGACAGGGAGAUGCACGCAGGGGACCUUGAAUCCCCGCACUUUACUGGUCUUGGAGGUGAAUACGCCGGUGUAGCAGGUAAUGGAGGAGGCGGGGUAUCAGACACACUGAGACCUGUACACCUUUCUCACCCUUCAUGUUUAUCAGAACUCAGGCCCAUCCACAGCUCCAUUCACACCCCUGUCGCUCUGGGCCCGAGGCUGGAUUGUACCGGGACUGGAGCUGGGCUGGGAGCUGCAGGUGUAGGGGGGAGAGAGGCAGCAGAGGGUCAUGAAGACCUGCCUGCUGGACGAAGUCACGCACCAUCACCUAGCAACGGUUGCCAGGACUCUACAGACACAGAGAGCAUGCCGGACGAGCCGUGCAACAGCACUGCUCCGACUCUGCACAGUAACAAUGGCCAUCAUCUUCUCCACUCCAACAACCAUCACGCGGCGCCUCCUCCCAUUGCACACCACAGGAGUCGGGACAGACACAGUCCCAGUCACGCCAAAGACAGGGAGGUGGAAAGAGAAGAUGGAGGCCACUCUGGAGCCCUCCCACCUCCUGCCCUCGCUGCGACUCCCAGCUCACCUACAGCGCCCUCCUCCACCUCGAGGGAGGCUUUUCGGGUUGUAGACGGGGAGGGGCGAGCUGUGCGCUCUUUCCGUUGCGAGCACUGCCGCGUGCUUUUCCUGGACCAUGUCAUGUUUACCAUCCACAUGGGCUGCCACGGUUUCCGCCAGCCUUUUGAGUGUAACAUCUGUGGCCACCGCAGCCAAGACCGCUAUGAAUUUUCUUCACACAUCGUCCGUGGGGAGCACAUCCUCGACUGAGGAUAAAGGGUGGACAACCGGCUUCACCUAGAGCUAUUUUUACACUGAGACAAGGACCUGGCUGGGUUUGGUCUGCACAUGAGCUAAGGGAGAUACCGAUGAUAUGAAACUGAAUAUUUCAAACGGGCAAUGGUACAGUUAACAUGUACCAACAUGAAUGAGAAGCUCAUAUGUGUGUUUCUCAAAUUAUAACAGUGGUCCUUGUUGUUUUCAAUGCACUUUCAACAAUGAAUCCAUUUAAAAUGCACUUUUAAUCAAAUGUAUUCUAAAGUAGAUGGAGAGCCAAUGCACUUUUUUAUCCGCGGAUGUGCCUUGCUCCAAAAUUCAGGAUUCAAACCUGACGCACAAAUUGUGGUAGACAAAUCUGACUUUCGUCCAUAACCUGUAAACCUUCCCAUCUUGUGCACUUUAACAGAGAACACGUAAAAAAGCGUAAUGUGAAGUUUACAGGCUCACCUACAAUGGAGUCUGUAGAGGUUUUAAUGUCUUGUUCUAAAAGCAUUCAUUCAGUGAAAAGGGUCCCUAACAAACAAACGCUGUUUUCUAACUUGGGAUUGAUUCUGUACAAUAGUUCGAAGUGCAGACCAAACUCAGAAACCAGGUCCAAGUCGAAUAGAUCUGUUUGAGGGGUUGUCCGUGAAUUAGAACUGCACUUUUGUUUUUAACGGGGUGGGAUGGACAGAUCUGUUUGUGUGUGCGUGUGUGUGUGUGUGUGCGUGCGUGCGUAUGUGUGCGUGCGUGUGUGUGUGUGUGUGUGACAGAGAGAGGGAGAGACUUUUUUUUGGGAAGUAAAUUGAAUAAGUAAAGUGGAAAAUGAAGGUCUUUGUGUGAAUGCCCAUGUGGGGCAAUGUAUGAGAUAUUUGUUUUUCUUUCCUAUGACUGCUUUUGUUGCACUGAUACCUGCCAGAAUACUAUGAUUAUAUUAAACUAUUUUAUGGAAUACA